UCCUUCGAACGAACCAAGUGGACAUGUCAUUGCUAUUCUCAUUAUCGUUAUCUCCAACCUUCAGUUAGUUGGACAGUGUCUACAUAAUACAAGAGGUUUUGCAUUAUAUCUGAAGGCCAAAUCGAGCCUGGCCUGACCUUCAUCCUCAUCCUGCGCCCACUGAGGUACUAAAUUCAAGCUUCCCAACUGAUGUCACAGGUGGUUUAGCUUGAGUCAUUAUUAGCCGUAGAUCAGCAUGUCCAUGGUCGUGUUGACCUUGAUCGUGUUGGCGGCGGGAGCGGGGGGAUGGCUUUGGUGGUCCCGGCGCUCCGCGGCUGCCAAGCCCGCCUUACACGUCCCCAAUUGGGUCAAGGACACGGUGUACCUAGUGCAGGUGUUGCCUUCCCCGCAAGUGCGCACCAUUUCGCCGUUCGCCCUCAAAUUGGAGACGUGGCUGCGCAUGGUGGGCCUCAAGUAUGAGAACGUGUACACGCUCAAGACCGGCUCCAAGGGUCAAACGCCUUUCAUCGAGCUCAACGGGACCGAGAUCCCCGACUCGAACCUGAUCAUGAAGCACUUGACCCGGGAAUUUGACCUCCAGCCCGAGGGUGCGUAUUCGCCGCGGGAUUUGGCCAUGGCUCAUAGCACGCGCAUCAUGGUCGAGAAUCACCUGGCCUUUAUCGGCUUCUAUUGGCGCUACGGACGCCCCGAGCGCUACCAGUUCAUCAUGAAUAACUUGGUGGACGUGUCGGAGUUACACCCGCUGUUAUUGCGCCUGGCGGGCGUUCUGUUUCCGCGCCUGAUCCGCUUCCGUAUGUACAUGACCGGGAUCGCCCGCCAUUCCUAUGAAGAGAUCGAUCAGUUCUCGUUCGAUGACCUGCGGGCCCUCUCUGUCCAAUUGGGCGAGAACCCGUUCUAUCUGGGCGCGGAGCCGUCGUCCAUUGACUGCACCCUCUUCGGACAUUUGGCUCAAUUCCUGUACAUCCCCAUGGACUUCCCACAAAAGGCGUUCAUCCACCGGGAAUGUCCCAAUCUGGUGGCCUAUGUCGAGCGGAUCAAGGCCAAGUUCUGGCCGGAUUGGGAGGCGAUGUGCAGCAUGGAGUGCACUCGAGGCAAGAAGGGACUUCCAAUGUUUUGAUUGCGCUUGUUAACAAGUUUUAUUCAAGUAGCAAUUACUUCCAGUGCCAAUAAAAAGUGAUUUUUGACAGGUU